UAACCUAAACCCAAGGCAAUCUCAUUCGAGUAGGUAAAUAAUCUAACAAUUAGCAAGAAAACAUUGGCGUUUUGGUCUUUAACUUGACAACCCAAAAAUGUUGUCAUUAGUAAUCAGGCGACUCCAGAAGCCAUGCGCGCUCCUGCAACUUCAACAACAACUCCGACAUGCCGGCACCGACGCUGGCCACACUCGGGCUCGGCGGCGUCCGAGAUAUUCGGCUGCAACGAUGAAGAAAAUCGACGAGACAUCGGAGUGGUGGGUCGUCGACGGUGAGAUGCAUGAGAUCGGAGAGAAUGUCCCUUUAAGAGAACGCUUCGUAAUUCCCAGAAAUAACCUCCCAAAUCGACGUCGCAAGCAGCUUCGCGACCAGUUCAUGCGCCGCACUCGUCUCGUUCUUAAAGACUCUGAACAAGAAUCUUUCUGCAAAAAAUACAUGCAACUGUACAAUGAGCUCAGAGAGAACUGGGAAAGGCUAUAUUGGGAUGAGGGAUACUCGAAAAAGCUUGCUGCUGAGCAUGCAAAUUAUGACUCUCCUGAUGAUGAUGAUGAAGACUUUUCACCUUACAGGAGAGGCGGAUCACAUAGUGGGCAAUUCCAGGUUCAAGGUUCGGCUGGAAACAGACAAGCGGAAAGUUGGCAAAAAGUCCACCAAAUUCGGGAUAAGUUUGAAUAUGAUAGAGAGACGAGGAUGAGAGACAAAGCUUUUGCACCAAUGAACAUGAGAAAUUCUGCUGAUGACCAUAGACCCGCCCCAAUGAAUCAACCCUUUGAUGCACAAAGAUACUUUUCAGGAGAGGAGUCUGAUUAAAAUGAUGCUUUGAACAUUUUAUGUUCAGUUUAUUAAUUGUAAUACUUGAGCUGAGGGAGUCUGGGGAAUUCUUGGUUUGGCCUCUCUCCAGAUCCCUCCACUCUCGCCUCUCCAGACACCUUUCCACUCUCGCCUCACAGCCAUCCAAAAGGUUGGUGGACUUAAUCUGUGGAUUCUAACAAAGGCCCUGAAAGGCUGAAAGUGAGGCUCAGAGUUGGUGCCUACGGCAAAACUUUUUCGAAAAGGUCCAGUUAGGCACUGCUUAUGAUGUACUGCUUUGAUUAGCUGCAGAUGAACUUGGUUAUGCUGUAUGUAUAAUGUGAGAUCUAUGUUAGAUAGUGACUUUUGGAAUAUGCUACUCAUAUUAUCUGUAUCAUUUCGUGAAGGGCUGUCCUUUCGUGAUUACUUUUAUUUUUGUGAUGAACCGUUCUUAUUUGUGAAAUAUUAGCAAUCCUUGUCAAAGUUUUUACUACGGCUUAUUUUUGCCGGAUUCUGUUUCA